UUUGUUUCUUUUUUUUUCUAAUUAAUACUAUUAUAAUAUUAACACUAAAUAUUCACUUUCUCCCUUUAUCUAUCUUAACUCAACAUCAACACCAACAUUAAUUAGCCAUAGUUGAAACUUAACUCUUCACUGAACUCUAUUUUGUCCUUCUGGAAAUUAAAUUUAUCAUCUUCAAAGAUACUCUUCUCAUUCAAAUAAUUUAUUGACCUGGGUUAAAUUUAAUUCAAAUAUAAUCAACACAUAUCAUACACCAUAACAUACAUAACAUAAUCACAAUGUCUGACAAAGAAAAGACUAGUGGCUCAACUUCGGUUGACGUUGAAGACCAAAAAAUAGGAAAUGUUGGUUCUGUCCUAGAUGUCGACUUGAUGAAUGUCACAUCCAUACUAUCCAACAGAGGUUUGAAUCCUGUCAUCGACCAUGAAAUGUCCGAGGAUGAAGCUCGUAUCACUGCUUUAGGUUAUAAACAAGAAUUCAAUAGAGAAUUGACCUUACUUUCUACUUUCAAUAUAUCCUUUUCCUUAUUAGGUUUACUACCCAGUACUGCCUCUUGUCUUUGGUAUAGUUUAUAUGCUGGCACUGUUUCCAUGUCUUGGGGUUGGUUUGUUGCCUGGUUAAGUAUCCAAUGUGUUGCCUUGUCAAUGGCAGAAAUUGCUUCCUCAAUGCCUUUAUCAUCAGGUUUAUAUUAUGCCUCAAAUGCUUUACUAUCAACUGUUUCUCCAAGAUGGGGUCCCUUUGCUUCCUGGUGCACAGGUUGGUCAAACUUCUUGGUUCAAGUCACUAGUGGUCCUUCAAUUGCUUAUGCCUUGACUUGUAUGAUCUUAGCUUUAAAAUCAUACCAUGAUGACUCUUUUACUUAUGGCAAUGGAACCAUUUUUGGUGUCACUACUCUAUUCAUGUUUGUUCAAAGUGCCAUCUCUUCUAUGCCAACCAAAUACAUUGCUUGGUUUAAUAAUAUGGGUGGUUCAUUGAAUAUGUGCUUCCUAGUGAUUGCAAUCAUUGUCAUCUUAGCUGCUGACAACAGAGAACAACAAGGUCUAUCCAGAUUUAAUAGCAAUUCAUUUGUGUGGUCCACUGUUACAAACCAAACUGAAUGGUCUGAUGGUGUGGCAGUUUUAAUGUCUUUCUUGAGUAUUAUCUGGACCAUGUCUGGUUAUGAUAGUGCUUUCCAUCUAGCUGAAGAAUCAAGUAAUGCAGCCAUUUCAGUUCCCAGAGCCAUCUCUCUAACUUCUUUAAUCGGUGGUAUUUUUGGUUGGUUUAUUCAAUUAACUCUUGCCUACACAAUUGUUGAUCUAUACGAAGUUAACAAUGAUCCAUUGGGCCAACCGUUUGUCACAUACUGUGCUCAAAUCUUGGAAUCCAAGUAUGUUGAUUUAGUUAUUUGUAUGACCAUUAUCUCUUCAUUUUUCAUGGGUCAAGCAGGUAUGAUUGCAGCUAGUAGAGUUACAUUUGCUUAUUCAAGAGAUGGCUGUUUCCCACUCUCAAGAAUAUGGAGGCAGGUCAAUUCCCAUACAAAGACUCCUGUCAAUGCUGUUUGGUUCAAUUGUUUUAUUGGUGAAUUGCUAUUAUUGCUAAUCUUUGCUGGGGAGACUGCGAUUGGUGCUAUUUUCAGUGUUGGUGCUCUUGCUGCCUUUAUUGCAUUCACGAUUCCAGUUUUCAUCAAACUCAUCAUUCCAAAGGAAAACUUCAAACCUGGUCCAUGGAAUCUAGGUGCUUUCUCAAAACCAAUUGGAGCGUUAGGAUGCAUUUUUGUUAUUAUUAUGACUCCAUUCUUAUGCUGGCCAUACUUGAAGGGCAAGAACAACACUCCAGAAGAAAUGAAUUGGACCUGUGUUGUAUACUUUGGCCCUAUGCUUCUAUCUAUUGUAUGGUACAUUGUCGAUGCGCACAAAUGGUUCAAGGGUCCCAAAUUGAAUGUCGAGCAUCUUGUUCCAGCAGAGAAAGCAGAGUAAGUGCUGUUGCUGGAUGACUACUUCAACACCUCAUUUUUUUAUUUUCUAAAGUUCUUUAUCUUUGCUUUAUAUUUUAUCGCCUUUUUUAGAGUUGUUUUUUUACUGCUUUAUCCUACUUAGUUUAAUGUUAUUUACCCGUUUUAUUUUC